GAUGACUGGAAGCCUAGCAUCGCUUUUGUUGUUGGGACUAAAAUUGAGGAUGAAAUCCACACCAAGGCCCUGUCUCUUGCUGUGAAGGUGCCACAGCGGAAGCUCUUCAGUGUGAUAACCUAUGAUGACAUUUUCAGACAGAUCAGAGAAUCUGGGAAUCAAAAGGGAAAAAAAGUUAAGGAUGUGCCUUUGUACUAUGAGGUGAUAGAAAUAGCCAAAGCCAUUCUGGAUAGUGGUGAAGAAAUUCCUGUAACACUAACUGGAAAGCUGUUGAAAUUUCAACUGCUUUAUCUCAAGCAGAAGGACCUUCAGAGAAGAGAAGCUGAAAAGAAGGCAGAAGAAGAGCGACAAAAGGAAGGAAGGAAAGAGAAAGCUGAAUCUCCUGGCAAGAAGAACCUCCCUAGCGCCAAGACAGCUGGGAAAGAAAAGAAAGGAAAAAAGACAGAAACAGGCGCUCUAGGACCAGGCACUGUUAAAAAGGGCACCAAACUGAAGCGGCGGGGAGAAGUGGAAGAGGAAAACAAAUACAUUGAUGAUGAACCAGAUGAUGGUGCCCAUCAUUACUUUAUAAUUUUGGAUUUCCACAACCUUCAGCUGUUGCCGGUGAUGUCUGAACUUGGGAUUAACAUUUCAAGUGUAAUUAGAAUUUCUUCUGAGAAUUAUGAGCCAUUGGAGACAUACUUGGAAGCAACUGAACUUCAUAAAGAAUCUUUAGUUUCACCUCAAGUUGCAGAAGCAGAGAAAAGAAAGAAAGAUGAAGACCUGGAAACAUUUUGGAAAUACCUGGAGCCUGUUCUGAACAGUGGAAAGCAUGGAUCAAGUCUCUUUGAUGUUGCCAGACUUCAUCACCUAGUUAAGGAAAGUGCCUUUCCCCCUGAUUGGUCUGACAGAGAAAUGCUGCUUGCAUUUGGCACUGCACUAUUUGAAAGCAUUGCUUGUUUAAUGUAUGACUGCCUGGACUGGAGAAGACAGCAUCGUAACUACUUGGAAAACACCAAGUUUAUAAAUGUUCCCACCUUAUCAGAGAGCAAAUCGACACAACCAUCUGUACGACCAUCAUCACAGAUUACACUUUCAAAGAAAAAAGGGCAAGCAGAAGAAAUUCUACCAACCGUAAUUUUGUCACAGGAGGAAGAAGAUUCUUCUUUCAUGACUUCCGUGGACAUGAGGUAUUACAAUGACUUGCUGAGUGAGGUUCCCGAGGAAUAUUUUUCUAUACCCUUAAUGCUGAGCUGCAUGUUGGAUCAGGUUAUUGCAAGUGAAGAAGACCUUACACCACCUAGUCUGAUGGUGCCAGAACCCCGGGCAGAUGGGCUGCAUCAUACCAUUGCAGAUCAUAUAGCCUCUGUCCUUCCUUCUCUUUCACUUUCGGAGAGUGAAAGAAAGAAUCUGUAUGAGUACUUUUCUCCUAAAUACAGUGAAGAGAAGACUGUCACCCCCACAUACCCUAUCUUAUUUAACUACCAUGAUACCCUGGCUCAGCGAUUGCACCUGCUGAAGGUCAAGGAGAACUUGAAUCCAGAAAAGAUUGAGCAUGAAAUGAUGGAUAAACUGCCUCUUACAGAACUUAUCCAUUUCACCCUUCCUUCAACUGAAAACAGUGCUAAACGCUUGGCCAGAGUUCAUGAGCUCAUGCAUUAUUGUACCAAUGAACUUCUGAGUCGGGCUGAAGUAGAAAGAGCCUUCAGGGUGUUUACUUUUGAAAGCCUGAGGCUGACUGAGCUGAGUGACUCUGGUCUCCUGGAGAGCUCUGGAUCUAUGGUUGGAGGUGAUUCUGAAGUGUCUUGUGUCCCUUGGAAUAAUCCAGUCAGGUUUGCAAGACAGCUGAGACAACUCUUCCGUAUGGAAAAGAAGCUUAAUGGGAAAUCCCCAAGAGGCUCUGGACGUACCGAAACAAAUGGCAGAGAUGAAAGAGAUGGUCUGACUGAUCCAGUUUCAAAUGAAGAAUUGGAUCUUCUUUUUCCUCAUAUGGCAAGUGUGAGCAAUGGAGUGAGUCCUGAAAAUUAUGGCCUAGGACCAAACUUGGAAGAAAUAAGAAAGACUCAGAGGCGUUGUUUGACAGAUUGGAAUUUUGCUGAGCAUUUUCAACCCCGUGUUCUUCUUCAGGUUCUUCAUACUGCAUCGCAAGAAUUCAGAUGUAUUGAUUCCUUUUAUCAUACCCAAGAUAACUCUCUGCUAAUGGUUCUUCACAAUCCUAUGAAUCAGUAUCGGUUGUGCCAAGAGACUUGGGAUGUUGCAUUGCACUCUGAUGUUGGAUUCAGGAACUAUCUCGAGCUGGUGGCCGACUCAAUUGAAGACUGGGUGAAAGACGAAGAAGUCAAAUACCAAGAAGAAAAGAUGGCUAAGGAAAUGGAGUCUCUUAAACUGGAAAAAGCCAUGGCAGAAGGACCUCCUGAGUUGUCUGCACAUGCUGUAAAAAAAAAUGGCUUCCCUGAGAAAGCCAAAAGCAGUGCAUCAGGACCUGGGAGCAUAACAGAGACUGGUCCAGGAUCUCAGUGCAACAAUGAAAAAAGUGCUUUUGUCAGAGAGGGUUCUCUAAAG